GAACUCUUGAAGCAAAACGAUAUAUACAUACAAAAGAACUCUUUACGUUACUUCAUCUUCGAUUAAAUUCGAUUCUGAUUGACCUGCAAGACCACGGAAAAAGGGAAGAAGAAGAAGAAAAAUGGGAGGAGGAAAGAAUAUAGAGAUCUUCAGCAUUUCUGGCCCCUCCCAUCUUACCUCUAUCGAUUGGACCAAUUCGUACCAUCGAACCUCAGUGGCAUCAAGUUUGGUAAAAGGAGUGUACAUAUUGGAAAUGGACAGACAAGAUAAACUGGUAGGACCGGAAUCCAGAGCGAAGCCUUGGUGGGAAUUUUUCAACUUCACUUUAGUCGAAACCUUGAUCGACCAAUCCGACUGCUCCAUAUACGGUGCCGUUUUCGAAUACGAGCUAUACAACCUUUACCAACGUACCGCUGAUUUGAAUGUACCUCCGCGUUAUGUGAUUGCAUUCCGCGGUACGAACCUAGGGUCAGAAACUAGGCUGUGUGAUUUGAAACUUGACCUUCGAUGCUUCUUCAACUGCCUCCACAGAGGCAAAAGGUUAUUGCACGCGAUACAAGCAAUCAAAACUAUUGUGGCCAAACAGAGCGAACCAGCUGUAUGGCUCGCUGGACACUCUUUGGGAGCCGGUCUAGCGUUGCUGGCCGGAAAGACCAUGGCAAAAUCUGAUUUCCUCCUCCAGAGUUACAUAUUCAACCCUCCAAUCUCGUCUAUUCCUCUAGAGCAGCUACUUCAUAGCAAGAUGCUUAAAGGUGUGUUUCGAAUCACCGAGAGUACCAUCAAAGCCACCCUGGCCAAAAUCUUGAAGGAUCGACAGGUUCAAGAAGACGAUCCAAAAACAGCAUCGUGGAUACCUUAUUUAUAUUUGAAUAAAUCUGAUCUAAUCUGCUCAGAAUACGUUGGCUAUUUCAAACACAAAGCCUUCAUGUCUAAGAUCGGAGCAAGCAAAAUCGAGAGAACCGGUGCUAGAAACUCAGUUAGGACUCUAUUGGUCGGAAGAAGACGAAAAUCAUCACCGUCGGAUUUGUCAACCGAACCUCUUCACGUUCUUCCAUCAGCCGAUAUUACUGUAAACAUGAACAACCCGACUGAGUCUAAGACAGCUCAUGGGCUUCACCAAUGGUGGGAGCAAGACUCAGCCCUGAGGGCAAAUUGGCAAAUCUCAUGCAUUAGGCUCUGCCCUAAAGGCAAAUCGGUAAAACUGCUGAAUUAGGCCCAACAAUAUUUAACAAAAACGUAUUGGUUCCGUUAAAUGGCUUUAUGCUUUUUGUACAUCUGUUCAGGUGAUCUUGUGCUUGGAACCCUCUAAUCUACCCUUUUCCACUUUUUUUUUUUUUUUUUUGCUAUCUGUUUUUAUCCAUUUCGUGUUUGUCUUGUCUCUCUUUCCCAUGUUUUGUCUCUUUUAGGUUUUCCUUUGUAUUCGUUUUUCUGCUUG